AUGCCCCAACAGCACGACUCACCAGGGUCACCCCGCGCCAACGGCGCUCCCACGCAGCCGCCCUCGAAGUCGGAUACCGCGACGCCGAAGCUGAACAAUGAGGUCGAGCUCGGGAACUUGCCCAAUGACCCGCCGCAGAACGACAUCAUGCACAUGGCCCGUGUGGGCGACAUAGCUGGCAUGGAGAAAUUGUUUGCGACGGGCGAUUAUGAUGCGACCUACCACGACGACGAGGGGAUCACCCCUCUACAUUGGGCUGCCAUCAACAACCAAUAUGCGAUGUGCAAGUUCCUAAUCGAGCGCGGCGCUCCAGUAAACAAGAAGGGUGGCGAGAGCAAGGCCACUCCCCUCCAAUGGGCUGCGCAGCGCUGCCACUACUACACCGUUCACCUUCUCCUCCAGCACGGCGCCGACCCACUCAUCACCGACGGCCAAGGCUACAACACCCUACACAUCAGCACCUUCAAUGGCAACCUGCUCCUGAUCAUCCUCCUGCUGCACCAAGGCAUCCCCGUGGACGUGGUCGACGCUUACGGCCACACCAGCUUGAUGUGGGCCGCCUACAAGGGCUACCCCGCCUGUGUGGACGUCUUCUUGCGUUGGGGCGCCAGCGUGCAUCACACCGACGAGCAAGGGUUUACCGCACUACACUGGGCGCUAGUCAAGGGCAAUGCGGGGUGUAUCCAGAAGCUGAUUGAGUAUGGCGCGGACCGGUUCGCGAAGACAAGCACGGGGAAGACGCCAGCUAUUACGGCGAGGGAGCUGAACACUGUUGCGGCCUGGCAUAAAGCGCUCUUCGAGUGCGGGUAUGAUGAGGAUGGGAAUCCGAUGGUUCCCAGCUGGCCUGGGGCGAGUUACCUCUUGAAGGACAGGAGGGCGUUUACGACGAAGUUCUUCUUCCUGUGGCCGUUUGUGCUGGUGUGGAUGGUGUUGGUCAUCUUUGCGGGGAUGCCAGUGUACGCGGGGAUACCCAUUGGGUUGAUAGCCGCGUACACUAUCAUAUGGGUAGGCCAGCAGAUGCUGGCGUAUGCGCCGCCGGAUAUGAGACAAUUUGAGAAGACGCCAUGGAUGACUGGCAUCUUCGCUGGGUCUUUCACUCUGGUUGGCUUGAACUGGUUCUUCACCCUGCUGCCAACUACCUCCUCUGGAGAGGACGGCACUUGGCUUUGGAACUUCGUUUUCGCUACCUUGUUUGGCUCCACAGCCUUUUUCUAUGUCAGAUCGAUGGUUGAUGAUCCUGGCUUCGUACCCAAGCUGAAUGGCAUUGCUGAGCAGAAGGCCGUCAUCGACGAGCUGAUCAGUCAGUGGAAGUACGACGAGGCGAACUUUUGCGUGCACUGCAUGAUCAGGACUCCUCUGCGAAGCAAGCACUGCCGUAGGUGUCAGCGUUGCGUCGCAAAGCAUGAUCACCAUUGUCCAUGGGUCUACAAUUGCAUCGGUGUCAACAACCAUCGCCACUUCUUCAUUUACCUAAUUAGUCUUACCCUCGGUGUCCUUUGCUUUGACUACCUUGUCUAUAUAUACUUCUCUAGUGUUAUUCCUAAUGCCUCCGAAGAUUGCAACCUCCUCUCCCCCUUCCUCUGCCGCAUCGUCAAUGCCGACGCCUACACCCUCCUCCUCGCCAUCUGGGCUUCUAUCCAACUUACCUGGGUCUCGAUGCUCCUCUUCGUACAAUUCAUACAAGUCUCCCGCGCCAUGACAACCUACGAAAACAUGUACGGCAUCGGUGGCCAUCGCUCCCCAACUUAUUUCUCCUCGGCCUUCACCUCAACCGGUAUCCCGCUCGACCCGUCCCAGCAAGCCUCUUCUUCUUCCGAAUCCGAAGCUGGCCCCAGCGCCCUCACCGGCCCGCACGGCCAUCGCCACGGCCACCGCCACGGCCACCGCCACGGCCACCGCCACGGCGGUUUCCUCAAACACUGGUCCCGUCUAUUAGGAAUUGACACCUUCAUCGAGACAGCAACAGGCCGCAGCGCAGCAGGCUCGCUUCGCGCGAAGAAUAAGAGGCGCAAGAACCCUUACAACAGGGGGUGCGUUCAAAAUUGUAAAGACUUUUGGUGUGACCCGGCGCCGAUCUUUGGGAGGAGGGAGAACGGUGCUGCGGUAUUGGGCGGGGAGCCGGUGAAUUAUACCGAAAUAUAUGAGGCCCCUGUUGUGACGGAGGUGUUGAGGGGGCGGACGAGGGAAAGAGGGGGUUAUGAGAGGGUUCCUGUGCAAGAAGAGGUUUGA